UCGUAAUUUGAAACAAAAUGGCCGAUGCUUCGAGAAAGGUGUGUCGUGAUUAUUGUAACGAGUGAUCUUCGGCUUACCAUCAUUGAACAUCUGUGAAAGUUUUGGUGUUUAUACUGCGGCGUUGCUGGCAAUCGCAUCCUGCCGGCCACCGCUGUCCGCGCAGCCCCGGGGCUUCGCCCCUUCGCGUCUUGCCGCGCGCGCGUUUGGAGCCCUCGCUCCACUAAGUCGUUUCGGAGUCACCUAGCAUGUCGUCCCGUCGCAACGGGUCGGUCUCGCGCGCUGCGGAGACGGCCUCGAAGAAUCGUCUGCAUAUGGACAGGAAUCCGCAACAUGCUAAGAUUACAGACCCCUCAAAUCCCGCCGGUCGUAGGAAGGAAAUAGAUAAUGUCAUGAAGCGGGCACGACAAGCGUCUCCCGGAAGUUGGGAUCGGAAACUGCUCCAAGUUGAAGAAAAGGAUCCUAAUAGAUGGCGUCACACAGGCUACAAGCAACUGUAUUUGGACGGCGCGGGCUCUGUGUCGCCGAGGCGUUCGCGAUCACCGCGACGUUCACGAUCGCCACUGGCGCGCCGUUCACGGUCACCCAUAAUACGCCGCUCACGGUCACCGGUAUUGAGACGGUCACGGUCACCAGUGAUUAGACGUUCACGGUCACCGCUAGUGAGACGGUCACGGUCGCCGGUGAUCAGACGGUCGCCGAGGAAGUCGCGGUCGCGGUCUAUACGCCGGAGCCCUAGACGCAGUCCACGGCGAAGCCCUAUUAGACGCAGUCCGAACCGCAGUCCCCGUCGGCGGAGCCCCGUAGUAAGGAAGCGGGUUAGGCCUCCGCCCCCGCCGAGGAACCGACCGCCGAGCCCGCCGGACCCUAGAAAGUCGUCCUCUGGUUCUUCAGCGAGCAGUUGUUCGGACGAAUCGUGUUCAGUUUGUUCAGCUAAGAACAAGAAGGCUGCACCGCCCGUGAAGGCUAAACCGCCUCCGCGCGGUUCCCCACCGCCAAAACGGCCUGUGCCCGCAAGCGCUGGGCCGGUUGUUCUGCCAACUAGAGAGCUGUUGAAGGCCAGGGAGGCUAGCAAGCGAACACGGGAGGAGAAGGUGCUAGAAUGGCAACGCUCACAGCUAGCCGUACGCCCGGCAGCGCCGAUACCACCGGCUCAAAUAAAACGCGAAGGCGAAAGGCGGCGUGCGACCGCGCGUCCCGAACGGGAGCGGCCCGAACGCGGCGUUUCGCCCGCCGCGAUAGCUGCUGCCUUGGCUGAUAGCGAUAGUGAUAGCGAGUCGGACGCUAGUGCUUCCCCGCCCCCGCAACGUUUGACGCUGUCCGAGCGUUUCGGCAAGAUGGCGCAGUGGUCGGCCGCGCGCACGGCCCGCGUGGACACGAUGAACAUGCGCAUCACGCGGCGCGACGCGCAGCUCGACGUGCACAUCGCCGAGCCGAGCGUCGAGCCGUGCGCCGAGCCGCCGCCGCCGAGGGACGCAGCGCCUGGCCUAGAACCUGCCCCGGUGGGCAGUUACCCGGAAGAGCUUUUGGCGGUCGCCCCCGGGGGUCUGCCCUCAUGGGACGAUGUUAGGGUCAGAUACGAUUACUAUAAGAAACGGGGAUAUUUGAGAGGUCUAUCGUUGAGUGAUUACGUGAAAUGGGAGGAGUGGUGGUACAAGUACCAAGAGUGGUUGAAACGGGAACGGGCCUACGAGCGCUGGGCUGAUAGUGAGGCGAUGCCGGUGCGCCGCGAGCGCCGCCGCCGGGGCGGGCGGCACCGGCGCAGCUGAGGGCGCGCCGCCCCCGCGGCGGUCCUCUGUGUGGACCUCGCCGCGGGGGCCGCGCGCCGCUAGCCGCGCGACCGCCCGCCGCCGCGCCGCCGCGCACACUGCCCAUACUUCAGUGACGUCAUCGUUUAUGAAGUUUUAUCACAAGGCGCAACUUCAAAGUGUCAAGUGUUAGUGUAAAUUUAAGUGUAUGUGUGUUGCAAAGUGUACAAGUGGUUAGCGGUGGCAAAAAAUAAAACAUUUAUAGUGAGUAAUAAACAAUUUUAUAGUGUAGUUUCUAUUUAAAAGCGUGCGUGCCGAGCACACGUGUCAGAAGUGAAACUUCUUUAAGAAUCAAAGAUACCUAAAUCGUCUCCUUACACCAUGACGUGACGGUAUUACCAUGACGCGACCUUGAUAUUAUACUAUUGCGCCAAAAGAAGUUUCACUUCAACAUUUAACCGACGUCGCAAAAAACGAUGCGGUUUUCUUGUAGCGUAUUCUGUGCAUCUAUUUAAAGUGUAUUUUUAGUAGAAUGUUUCUUCCAUAGAUUAUUUGCUAUAGUGUUGUAUUUCGAUUUAAUUCGUAGGUACUUACGUACGUACUUUAUCUUACGUACUCCUUGGUACAGUGGUUGACGCAUGUGCGUAGAACCGAGGGGUCCCGGGUUCGAUUCCCAGAGGAAUCGAAAAAAAAAAAUGUCUCGGUCUGGCAGGACACAGAAGGCUGAUCACCUACUUGUCCCUAAAGAAAAUCGAUCAGUGAAAUAGAUGUGUGCAUAAGGCAUCUGCCUAUAUCCCACUAGGGGAGAUGGGACUUCACUUUUAAUAGUAUAGUCAUGGAAUAUUGUGUGAAAAUUUAAUACAUCUGCCCCUUAGAGCUAGCUCGCAAGAGCAACUUUUGUCUCCGCAACUAUUUUGUCUCUCCAAUCAAAUCUAUGGGCUAGUAAGAAAG